AUGAGUUCAGCUGGCGAUGUUGGUGAGAAUGAACUUCUGAAGCAAGAAUCUGAAAAGCUACGUGCUAAGUAUCCUGGUUUGGUCAAUAACGCAUCGUCACUCCUACACCGACGUUUAAGUAAAAAUGUGAAAUAUUUCGAUUCUGGUGACUAUAAUAUGGCAAAAUCAAAGCCUGUAGAGAAAACAUCACUUCCGUUAGCUAAUUUAGACUCUCCAACAGGUGAUACUAUUCCAACAGUGGAUAAUAUAAGUAUUUUACGAAAUAAAAGUUUUUCAUUACACGGCACAGUGACAACAAAUUCUUCAACUACAGUUUCAACAACGACAUCAACUGCUGCGACUGUAACAACACAGCCAAAAACAACAACAUGUCGUUACGUAACCGUACCAGCGCGUACGCAGGUUGCUAAAUAG